AAUUUGUACAUCUUUGAUAUUUUCUAUCACUUGCUUUUUAAUUUAAAACUCUAAAUGCACAUUUGUGUACACGAGAGAGUAAACUUUAUAUUAAAGCCAGUUACGACUGAACUUUGUAUUAUUUGGAAAGUGUAAAAACUUUCAACAGUAAGCGAGUAAUAACUAACUUGUCAUUUUUAAAAAUCACAUACGGAAAUUGAUUAAUUGUUAGUCAUUGACAAAUCAACAGCUCUUGAUAAUUGUGCUACAGCAGGCAAGUGGUCAAGGUGUUGUUAAACUAAGAGUAAAAUUUUAUAAUACAAAAUUAAAAAUAUGGAUAAUACAACAAUGUCUUAUGAUGAAUACAGCACUGCAAACAGUUUUGACAACACAACCAUCACGUAUGCUGUAGACAACGUAACAGUUGGGAACUAUACAAGCUACAACAAAACAAUCUUUGACGAUUAUCCGUUUGAUGAUGUUGAAGGUGACAACAUUACAGGCAAUGGAACGGACGUAUAUGACAUAUAUUACGCUUAUGAUGAUUACUAUUUCGAAAUUUACGAGUUUGAAAGAUACACACUUGGACACGUUCAACUGAUUUUGACUAUUCUGACAGCGCUUACAAACUUCUUUGUUGCGAUAUAUUUCUUGACGAAUAAAAACCGAGGAAAGGCAACCAACUUGUUGUUUGUGAGCAUUGCAUUUUCAGAUACAAUGACAGGAGUGGCGUUGCUACCGAAUAGUAUCGGUGUUUAUAUAGCCAAUAAAGUAAAUUUUACAAGAGAUAUGUGCAAUGCCUACAUGAUUUCGAGGUUUUAUAUCUCCCCGGUGUUUCAUACGGUGUCUGUCUGGCAGACGGUGGUGCUUUGUAUUCAGAGAUAUAUGUGUGUUUGUCAUCCCUUUAUUUCGGGACGCAUUUGUACAUUUUGGAAAACCUUUACUAGUAUAGUGGUAAUGUAUUGCUGUGCAAUAGUGAUGCAUUCGUACCAUUUGGUGGACAAUAAAAUAGGACAUGUACGAUGCCGGUGGCAGACUGAAACACCCUGUAAAGAAUCAUGCAUGUAUCUUUGGUUCUGCGUAGCUUUACAGCAUCUCUUGCCGUGCUUUUUAUUGGUUUGGCUUACUAUUGUCACAAUAUUAGAGCUGAGAACGGCGCAAGAAAGAGUGUCUACGAUGUCUCAUAGAAGAAGUGUCAGUCGAUCUUCAAGAGACAAAAUUAUUACGUACACCGCUGCUCUUAUUGUGUUGUUCUUCCUCAUACCUGAACUUCCUCAUGGUAUAUACAGACUUGUUUUUGUCAUAAACAAGCACAUGGGUGAAUACGACGCAAUUAGCCCCGCAGAAAACCACAUCAUAAUAUGCAUUUACGAGAUUGCACUAAAUGUUAGUUUCAGUGCCAACUUCUGGAUAUACUGUUUCAUGAUGCGCGAUUUCCGGUAUGAAGUGUUCAAAAUUCUAUCAUGCGGAGCAUUCAAACGGAGCUUAGCCCGUCUACGAUCGAUAUCGUGGUCAUCUAGGGGCGGUAGCGUUCAUACUACUCUAUCACGUACUAGUUCUAUUGCCAGCAGAAACAGGGUUUUCAGCAGAACAACGUCCUUGCACUCGACAACAUCGGAGAAUGUUCACGCUGUAAUUCCUCUGACACCGACCCGAGGAUACGACCAGAUAAACUAUAAUGAUACAGCCGGAGGCAGAGGGAGAGAUGAUGUCAUGAAUGACGACGUGUUUAUGUAAAGAGAACAGACAAAUAUUCAUAUGUAAAUAACUUAAAUUAUUAUCUUGGUUUAAGUUAUACAUGUAUAUAAAUGCAAGUGUGCAGCGUUUGGCUAGAUUGGGGGCUUAAGAAACAGCAUCAUUAGCUUGAAAUGAUAUCGCACAAAACGUGUUUAGAGCUUAUAUUUUUUUAUUUCUGUAAAAGGUGCAUGACUUGUAUGACGAAACCCCUUUUUUCGUGUAGAUAAUUAUUUUCUUCAAAUUUUAUAACUAUAUAAUGCUUAAGUUUCUAUAUAAAUAUAUUCUGUAGAUAACUUCCAUGAACUUAACAGCUAUAUAUCCAUAUUCUGCUAACCUUUGGUGUAAAUGAUUAUAUAAUGUAUGUAAAGUAUCUAUGUAAUAAAAAAUAUGGAAAAAAUCUAUUUUUAAGCUCUUGAAAUGUAAUCAAUAUCGUAACAUUUUGAAAAACAGACAUGUAGUCAAGAUCCGAAUGAAAUUGGAACGGAUGUUGACAUUGUAAAAAACUAUUUUCGGCAAUUAAUGAGCUUCAAGUUUGAUGAUAAACCAAGGAAAAUGUAACAGUUACGCUGCUUAAUUAAUUUAAUAUUCCUUUACGCUUUUAAAGAGCCGUAUUUAUAUAUAUAUAUAUGUUGACAUAUAUAAAUGAGAACCAUGAUCAAGAAUUAUGUUAAAAAAGAGAACUUAAAUCAAAAGGAACAGAUGUCAUUUGCGACUCGGUUUGAUUGAGUCGGUAAAGAAGAGGUAAUACAGGUGAAACAUCUCUCACAUUUCCCUGGAAUCGGAUUAAGGUAUAUUCAAUUGCCAGCAUACGCAUUAGAAUCAAUGAUCCCGAAUGACCCGCAAAUAAAACAACACUGGCAUGAAGUAAGGGGCUAUCAUUUACAACUUUACACCUGCUGUUGUGUGUUGAAUCUGGAAAAAUGAAAAUAUCCCUCUAUAGCACCAUAAAACAAAAGAAAACCAAAUAUGUGAAAAGAGCAGAAUGCAUGUUACCGAGCAUGUUUAAGGAAGUUAAUAGAAAUAACUAUAUACGUUACACCCCUAACACUGGCUUAAACAGUAAUAAUAUAUUCAGCAAUCAACGACGCCGAUAGAAAAAUCUAACAACUCUGACAAAAACUUAUUAUUGUUGAAUCCUGCUUAAUCCGGUGCUACGGGGCGUGGACUUAGUUUGCAUUUUAAAGGACCGUUUAUGAACAGACUCAAUCAAACUGAGCCUGUAACAGUUUCAAUUUUGUUGUUUUGAACUUCCUUUAGGGAGUUUUAUUUUCUCUAUAUUAUAACGGUAAUAUGAAAGAAUAA